AUGACCUUCUCUGUGCUUUUGCUAGUUUAUUUGCUACCGAAUCUGACCCUUCAAGCAUCUGUGAAGUCUGGCAUAGUAAACGGGAAUGAAGCUAGACCUCAUUCAAGACCCUACAUGGUUUCUGUUCAAUGCAAUAGGAAACACAUAUGCGGUGGCUUCCUUGUGUCUGAGCAGUUUGUCAUGACGGCUGCCCACUGCUUUGUAAAUGGCAAAGAGCUGACGGUUGUGGUUGGAGCUCAUGAAUACACAGAUGGUGCUAGCCGCAUGGAUGUGAAGUUCUACCACAUCCACCCUGGGUUUGAGUCUAAAACUCUGCUAAAUGACAUCAUGCUACUUCAGCUACAUAAAAAGGUCAAAAAGAGCAACAAAGUCAACUGGAUCCCAAUACCAAACGCAGACAAGGACAUCAAGGCCAAGACUAAAUGCAGUGUUGCAGGAUGGGGGAAAAACACCACCCAUGGUGAAGUAAGUGCCAAACUUAUGGAGGUGAACGUCACUCUUUUUGACAAAAAAGCAUGUCAGAAGUACUGGGGACCAACAUACUCCACUUCAAAGAUGAUGUGCACAGGUGGUCAUGGAGGAUUUUGCCAGGGAGAUUCCGGAGGACCUCUGGUGUGUGACAAAGUUGCAGUUGGAAUUGUUUCAUUCAAUGAGAAAAACAACUGUGAUUCCCCAACAAAACCGAAUGUCUACACCCAGAUUUCCAAAUUUCUGUCAUGGAUAAAAUGCAUUGUUGGUGGUGUGAAGGAAGAAUUUGAAUAAUAAACAUUUUUUCUAACAUAAACAUACUUAUGUUAGAAUACUAUAUUCUAACACACUCUGUUGUUUGUACGUGUGGAUUUCUGUUGAUCAUUUUAUAAUCUGAAUGAUUGAUUUGAACAUUAAAUGCUUUUGAGUGGAAAGUUAGUUUCAACCCUUCUCAGCAAAGCGGGUUUCCUGUGGGGGCUCAGCUCAUCAAAU